AUGGAUAAAGACCGUGGAUUAGGCUUUCAAGACAUCUCUGGUUUGGUGGAGUUGUUGGACAAAAAUCAGGGAUUCAAGCGCCCGGAGGGGCAAACCGUGGGUUACAGCCUGCAAGAGGCAAAUUCCGUGGGCAAUGCAUCCUGUGGUGCGGCGGCCGGUGCGACUAUGCAGGUAGCGCCCUCAAGUAUUUCUUUGCCUUCCACAGUCGUGGAUCAGCAGCUGCGCCUUCCUAUUCCUUCCAAAAGUCGUGAGGCCAAACAGCUACAGUUGAAGAAGCGUCGGUCCGCGAAACCGAAGGGAUACGCCAUUUGGACGGACGAGGAACUGGCCGCUGUAUUUCGUGCACGUCACGAUGCCACUAUACACCCAAAAGAAGGUGCGGAAGAGCCGGAGCACUCCAUUCUGCAGCAGGAAAUGGUCACUGCAGAGGACGUUUACCUGGGGAUAGACGCCAUGAAGGCCGUUGGGGGACCAUCUGGUCUGCUCGUAAAAGUUUUCAUGCCCAAGCUGGAGAAAGCCGCAGAUUUAGCCAUUUCCGUUGAUCCAUAUGAACUUCGUGUUUCCUCUUCAAGGUACUACCUGCGAGCUGCUCUGCCGCAGAAGGUAAUCGCCGGCAGAGCAGAUGCAAAGUGGGAUGGCCUCAGCAGGAUGCUGCGUGUCUCAUUGGUAGUGGACGAUUCAGAAAGAUUUCUGUAG